CGUUUUACCCGAGUCUUCGCUCAGUAACGAUCGACUUCUUUUUCCCCGAAAGGAAACGAACGUUUCUCCGCCUCCUCCGAAACCCUAGCCCUAACCCUUAGAGCUCCACCCCGAAGCGAAAACCCUAGGAAGGAGGAGGAGGAGGAAGAAGGUGUGGUGAGGAAGGAGCCAUGCCGAACCUGGAGUGCCGCAUGUACGAGGCCAAGUACCCGGAGGUGGACAUGGCGGUGAUGAUCCAGGUGAAGAACAUCGCGGACAUGGGCGCCUACGUUUCGCUCCUCGAGUACAACAACAUCGAGGGGAUGAUCCUCUUCUCCGAGCUCUCGCGCCGCCGCAUCCGCUCCGUCUCCGCCCUCAUCAAGGUCGGGCGCCAGGAACCCGCCAUCGUCAUCCGCGUCGACCGCGACAAGGGCUACAUCGACCUCUCCAAGCGCCGCGUCUCCGAGGAGGACGCCCUCGCCUGCGAGGAGCGCUACAACAAGAGCAAGCUCGUCCACUCCAUCAUGCGCCACGUCGCCGAGACCCUCGACCUCGACCUCGAGGACCUCUACCUCCACAUCGGGUGGCCUCUCUACCGCAAGUACGGCCACGCCUUCGAGGCAUUCAAGUUGAUAGUGUCAGAUCCCGAUUCGGUUCUUGAUUCCCUCACGCGGGAGGUGAAGGAAGUCAGUCCUGAUGGGCAAGAGGUGACUAAGGUUGUUCCUGCAGUGACCCCAGAGGUAAAGGAUGCCCUGGUGAAGAAUAUCAGGAGGAGGAUGACGCCACAGCCAUUAAAGAUACGUGCUGAUGUUGAGAUGAAAUGCUUUCAGUUUGAUGGUGUUCUCCACAUUAAGGAAGCUAUGAAGAAAGCAGAAGCUGCCGGGACCGACGAUUGCCCUGUGAAGAUUAAACUUGUUGCUCCUCCUCUCUAUGUUCUCACAACACAAACUCUUGACAAGGAGCAAGGUAUAUCAAUUCUCAAUUAUGCGAUAAAGGUUUGUACGGAAGAGAUAGAACGCCACAAGGGGAAACUUACAGUGAAGGAAGCACCAAGAGCUGUGAGUGAACGGGAUGACAAGCUACUCGCGGAACACAUGGCCAAGCUCCGGACGGCCAACGAGGAGGUUGAUGGAGAUGCGGGCAGCGAAGAGGAGGAAGAUACAGGGAUGGGAGAACUUGAUGUGGAGAAUUCUGGUGUAGGUAUGGAUGAUUAAAAUAUCAACUAUCUAAUGAGGUUUUGAGCACUCAAUCAUCUGGGUUUUCUUGUAUAGCAUCAGUUAGCAUGCCAUCCAUAUAUUUGUCAUUUGUCGAACUUAAAUUAUAAUAUUGGAUUUCCUUAGACUGUAAUAGGUUUCUUCUCUGAUACUUCGCCUUUUUAGAUUGUACUACAGUUUUGAGUGAAAGCUUUGUUCCUAUUUUUAAGUUGUGCUCGUAUGCAUGAAUAUCUUGUGCAGUAUCUCCCUCUCUUUCUUGGUUUAUUCAAGAGUUGUGUUGUCGAUGAUGGAAAGUA